AUGGCUCAACCUGUGCUGUCCGCUGUUAGGAGUGCCACCAGCAUCACGGAUGAUAAGCACUGGCUGGAGACAGGGCAGCAGUCCCAUGAGAAGGAGGGUGCAGAGGCCGCGCUGCCCCCAGUUGAGGCACACAUCCUGAGGAACGUGACGGGCGUGUGUCGUUCUGGGGAGCUGCUGGCCAUCAUGGGGGCGUCAGGGGCGGGCAAGACCACUCUUCUCAACGUUCUCACGCACCGUAACAACGACAAGCUGCGCAUCACCGGCGACCUCUUCGUGAACGGCCGCCGCGUGGACCCUGACACCCUGGCCAGCCGCUCCGCCUACGUGCAGCAGGACGAUCUCUUCAGCGGCCUCAUCACCGUCAGGGAGCAGCUCAUCUUUCAGGCUGCGCUGCGCAUGGACCGCCACAGGACCUACGAGGAGCGACUGGCGCGGGUUAACCAAGUCAUCAUGGACCUUGGCCUCACCAGCAGCGAACACUCGCGCAUCGGGACACCGGGCCAGGAUAGGCGGCUGUCGGGCGGCGAGAUCAAGAGACUCAGUUUUGCAUGCGAGGUGCUCACCAACCCGUCGCUUCUGUUCUGUGACGAGCCCACCUCCGGCCUGGACUCCUUCAUGGCCCAGAACGUGGUGAGCAUGAUGAAGGGCAUGGCGGAGCGGGGCAAGACAGUGCUGUCCACCAUCCACCAGCCCAGCUCGGAGGUGUUCGCCAUGUUCGACCGCGUCCUGUUCCUCGCUGAAGGCAGAGUGGCCUUCCUCGGCAGCUGUGACGAGGCACUGCGCUUCUUCGGCAAAAUGGGAAUGGCCUGCCCUGCCCAGUACAACCCCGCCGACCACUUCAUCAACCUGCUCUCGGUAGAACCCGGGCGCGUCAAUGCGUGUAAGCAGCUCAUCCACUCCAUCUGUGACGCAUUCGAGGAGAGCAACCUGGGCAAGGCGGUGAUGAAGGAGGUCACCGCCAACCAGAGACUUCAAAACCACCAGAACGAUUUCCUCAGCUUCAGAGAGGAGAAUGACUCGCCCUACAAAACCACGUGGGGGACACAAUUCCAGUGGGUGAUUUGGCGGUCAUGGCUGGAGACUAUUCGUGAGCAGCGACUUAUCCAGAUUCGCUUCCUUCAAGUUAUCGCAAUGGCGCUUCUGCUGGGGCUCAUGUACUUUAGGGAAGGACCUUAUGUGGACGUCAUGAGCAUCAACGGCGCUAUCUUUGUCCUCAUCUCUAACAUGACCUUCCAGAAUGCUACUAUAGUCAUCAAUACGUUUUGCUCUCAGAAGGAACUGUUUCUCCGUGAGCACCACAACGGCAUGUACCGGCCAGACGUGUACUUUCUAUCCAAGAACAUCGUGCACGCGCCAAUCUUCACCUUCUACUCCAUCUUGUACACUUCCAUAUACUACUUCCUCGUCGGCCUCACACCUGAACUGGAUCGCUUUCUCAUCUGUCUUCUCACCGGUGUUCUUAUCACCUGGUGCGCGAUAUCCUUUGGUUACUUCCUGUCCUGCUUGGCGCCCACCAUCAACGUGGCUCUGCUGCUGCUGUCGCCCUUCUUCCUCCUCUACAUGGUGCUCAGUGGCUUCUUCCUUAACCUCAGGUCCGUUCCUCUUUUCAUGAAGUUCAUCAGCUACAUGUCGUGGUUCACUUACGGCAACGAGGUGCUGCUUGUCAACCAGUGGGCUGGCGUCACCAACAUCACCUGCUCCCCGACAGCCACCACGUGUUACCCUGACGGCGCCACCAUCCUGCAGCAGCUCAACUUUUCACCGGAGUACUUUGUUCGUGACCUGAUCUCCCUCUGCUGCCUCACACUGGGGCACUUGGUCGCCGCCUACUUCUUCUUCCACCUGCGGACCUUGAGAUCAAAGCCUCGUCGGUGAAGGGCCUACGAGGGGCUGCAGGUGCUGUGACUGGAAAGUGCAGAACGCGUCAUAACUGGUGUACCUGUUUCAUCCUGAGGCGAGUAAGACAUACGGAGAGCUUCAGGACUCGUGGCAAACUUCUUGUUAGUCUUAAGUCUCGGAGGAUGUGUAGGGCUAUGAUACAAAGAAAAGCAAAUUGUGAACAAACACUGAAAAAUUAAGAGUUUUGUUA